AAGAGAUGCUUGAAUCAAAAGAAUUCCUUUUUUGAAGUUCAAUUUUUAUCAGAGGACAAUAUGAAUAUUACACCAUGUUCCAUUAAAACACUCAAGGGGUUAUAUGAUAUAUCGGGUGUAGAAGUAGGGCAACACUUCUAUUGGCAAAUAGGAGGUUUCCAAAUUCAUGCCCAAGUACUCAUCACUUCUUGGGUCGUAAUUACUAUUUUGCUAGGUUCAGUUAUCAUAGCUGUUCGGAAUCCACAAACCAUCCCGACCGAUGGUCAGAAUUUCUUCGAAUAUGUCCUUGAGUUUAUUCGAGACUUGAGCAAAACUCAGAUUGGAGAAGAAUAUGGUCCCUGGGUUCCCUUUAUUGGAACUAUGUUCCUUUUUAUUUUUGUUUCGAAUUGGUCAGGUGCUCUUUUACCUUGGAAAAUUAUAGAGUUACCCCAUGGGGAAUUAGCAGCGCCCACGAAUGAUAUAAAUACUACUGUUGCUUUAGCUUUACUAACAUCAGCGGCAUAUUUUUAUGCGGGUCUUAGCAAAAAAGGAUUGAGUUAUUUCGAAAAAUAUAUUAAACCAACCCCAAUCCUUUUACCUAUUAACAUCCUAGAAGAUUUCACAAAACCAUUAUCACUUAGUUUUCGACUUUUCGGAAAUAUAUUGGCGGAUGAAUUAGUCGUUGUUGUUCUUGUUUCUUUAGUCCCCUUAGUAGUCCCUAUACCGGUCAUGUUUCUUGGAUUAUUUACAAGCGGUAUUCAAGCUCUUAUUUUUGCAACGUUAGCCGCAGCCUAUAUAGGUGAAUCCAUGGAAGGUCAUCAUUGAAUUAACUAGUUUUUGAAAUAGUCUUUCUUUUUUUAGCUUAGCCCAAUUCAUGCAUGAUUCCGGAUAAUCCUCUUAGUUGGAAAACUAAAUAGUUCGAAAGGCGUAUGAAUAUACAACCUAGAGUUGUAGGAGAGAGAAUAGACUAUAUUAUGGAAGAGGUAAAGUAUAUAUGCAUUCAGGGGGGCCAAGUCAGGUUAGAUCUAUAUCUUUAAUGCCUAUAAGACAGUCAUCUUUUGUGUGGCUUUCUAAAGAAUGAUUUUAGAAUCGGAUUCAAUAGAAAAUGAGAAAAUAGGCAAACAAAAUAGAAGAAACAAAUGUAUAUGGGAUUUUUUUUUCCUAAGUUAGAUUCAUUAUCUAAUCCGAUAUAUAGAAUUCCCUUCUAUAUGGAACUGGAUUCCAUAUCUAGUUCUAUGCAGCAUAUUGUUAUCAAUUGUAUAUCUUGAUUUGAUUCCUAUUGGAUUUGGAUUAGUUCGAUUUCAAUAGGGGUUCUUCCUGUAUUUCGUCUUUUAUUAUGUUAGAUGAAGGGGAAAAAAUGGGAACUCAAAGAUAUCGAAGAGUAAAAAAAAGGAUGGAAUAAAAGAGUGAUUGGUUGAAAAGAAAGAGAAAUAGAAUAAUGAGAAUCAUAUGGAUUUACACAAACCUCUAAUGAUUAGAAACUAAAAACGAGAUCUCGAAGUAAUUCGAACGAUUUCGAUUAUCAUUUAUUUGUACUUAUUAGUUACUUCUACCCGAUAGAGCUUAGAAGUUGGAAGUAAUAAUUUCUUGGUUGAUUGUAUCCUUAACCAUUUCUUUUUUUUUGACACGAGGAACUCAUCAUGAAUCCACUAAUUGCUGCUGCUUCCGUUAUUGCUGCUGGAUUGGCCGUAGGGCUUGCUUCUAUUGGGCCCGGAGUUGGUCAAGGUACUGCUGCAGGACAAGCUGUAGAAGGUAUUGCGAGACAGCCAGAAGCAGAAGGUAAAAUAAGAGGUACUUUAUUGCUUAGUCUAGCUUUUAUGGAAGCUUUAACAAUUUAUGGACUGGUUGUGGCACUAGCGCUUUUAUUUGCGAACCCUUUUGUUUAAUC